CACGUGUCUCGAUAGCCAGGAAACUGUAGAACGGAGCGCCAAUCAGAAGGCGAAUAAUCAAGAGGAAACGGAUGUGACUUCAGGCUGCAGGCGGAAGUUGAAGAAUCCACAGCACGAAACGGUGUCGAAGAGCACUGAGCUUUCUUGGCACAAUGGGUCAUCACUUCGGAGAUUUGGCCAAGAUAAGGCAUGUGAUCACCUACAGUAUUUCUCCCUUUGAGCAGAGGGCUUUCCCAAACUACUUGUCUAAAGGAAUCCCGAAUGUUUGGAGACGAUUUAAAUCAUCUGUAUUCAAGAUUGCCCCACCCAUGAUCGUGAUGUACAUGACCUACACGUGGGGCAAUCACGUUCACGAACAGACCAAGAAAAAGAAUCCAGCAGACUACGAGAAUGACCAGUGAAAUCGCUCAGCUGAGGAUGCGUCCAUGUUUAACUUCCUGUUUCUGUUCAAUAAAGAAAAUAUUUAUGUGAAAAAUGGAUUUCUGACUCAUUGCCAAUUAAUCUCUUUGAACCAAUUUAGUUGUUUAAUAAAGUACCUUUUAAUAUGA